AUAAAUAGAUGUUUUUUUUGUCGGUCGAGCAUCAAUAACUGGCGAAGUAGACAUCGGACGAGAAUGUUCAAGUUCCUAAUUAACGUGUUGCCUAUUCUAGGGCUGGUCAUCGGAAACGAGACGCCUAUUAUAGGCAUUUUGAGCCAACCCGACUACGAUUAUGGCUACGACACCGUCAUAGCGGCUUCCUACGUCAAGUAUCUGGAAAGCGCCGGAGCCAGAGUACUUCCCAUAUGGAUCAACCAGACCGUUGAUUACUACGAAAGGGUCGUACAGUACACCAACGGGGUACUAUUUCCUGGAGGUAGCGCCAAUUUCACGCUACCCGGAGGUUACGGUGAAACGGCCCGAACUCUCUACAAACUAGCCAAAGAAGCUAACGAUAAGAACGAACAUUACCCCAUUUGGGGCACCUGCUUGGGCUUCGAAGUACUACCGUACGCUCAAACUGGAACAGACGCCGUCGUCACCUGCUCAGUACCCCACGGUUCCUUCACGUUAGAUUUCAAAGGAGAUUACCGAAACAGCAGGCUGUACUCGCCCCUGCCGCUCGAACUGCUCGACGUCCUCACCGGCGAGAACGUCACCUACAACUCCCAUCACUUCUGCCUCACCGAGAGCGGCCUCGCCCGCCGCGGCAUCGCCUCCGACUGGCACGUGCUGAGCACCAACACCGACGCCGCCGGCCUGAAGUUCAUCUCCUCCAUGGAGCACCGUGAGUACCCGUUCUACGGCACGCAGUUCCACCCCGAGAAGAACAACUUCGAGUUCAAGCCGGACGAGGGGUUCGCGCACUCGUUGCGCAGCGUGCUGGUGUCCCAGUACUUCGCCGAUUUCUUCGUUAGUGAGGCGCGGAAGAACGACCACCGGUUCCCCGAUAGGAGCUUGGAGAGCCGAUCUCUUAUAUACAAUUACUGUCCGAAGUUUACGGGGAAGGAAAACGAUUAUUACUAUCAAGUAUACGGUUUCGAGCGAGAGGAUUACGCCAGGAAUAACUUGUUGUGA